AUGACAACAGUUCCAACAACAACACCACCACCAGGAACAACAACAAUCACACGCUCUUCGUAUCACCUAAUUGGAUCUUCUGUUCAAAGAGAUCAGCUUCGCGAUUGGCAAGAUAGAGAGUAUGAAGAAAGUCUUCGAGCUGAUCAAGCGAGGGAAGCAGAGAUUCUAAGACAACAGCGACGGGCUCGAGAGGAAGACUUGUUUUCAUCAUCUAUAAGACAGCGUGUUUCUGUUUUGCGGCCGUGGCUAGCUACUAUGUGCCAAGCGUAUAUACUCCCGGACUCCCAGUCGUCUCAACUUGGCUCUACUAUCCGGUUUAGACUACCUAACGGUAGUUCUCACAACCAAACAUUUAGAUCUGCUACUCCGCUUAAUGUGCUGUACAUGUAUGCUGGUACUAUUCCAGACAUUUUCGAUCCCGAAGCUGUACGACUUCUGAACACCUCUUUUUUCCCUCCAGCAGUACUUCUUCCCAAUCCCACCAACACCUUCGAAAGUUGCAGACUAGCCCCUUCGGCUAAUGUUUUAAUUGAAAAUCUAGAACUUGAGUCUCAGGAGCAAUGUCUUCUUGAUUACUCCACAACUGCAGGGUGUCCCGUAACUACGACUAGGCCAAGACUAGCAUGUGAAGUUGAGCCGCAGCAUUCUCCACCUCUAGUCACUGUUGCAGUUGCCUCAAACAUUACAAGUUGUUCUGAAAGUCCAAACCAUACUCCAGACAGUGAUGAUGAAACGUUGGAUGUCAUUUCUCUCCGUUCUACGCCUCCUCCUGCCAGCUCGCCAGGCGCGAAUUCAUUGUACCAACCUAUAUCUCCUGAUAUCCACGAUGAAGUAACCAAUUCUGAAGCAGAACCAGAAACGUGGAUUGAGGUUCGGCGAUCAGUUUUGGUAGAAGAUCUUAUUCGUCGUUUUCAAGAUAUCACCGAUGUUACCAGCAGGCGUGUUAGCAUAAACGUGAGUGGAGAGUCUGCAGUGGAUGUAGACGGGGUUUUUCGUGAUGUACUGACGGUGUUUUGGGAUGAGGUAAUGGAUAGAAAGUUUGACGGAGAGAUGGAGAGAGUUCCCGUCGUCGACCCCAAUACGACUAAAGAAGAAUUUGUUGCAAUCGGGCGCAUUCUGGCUUCAGGUCUUAAACAGGUUGGGUUUUUUCCACUAAAGUUUUGUAGGGCAACGGUAGUAUCGGGACUCAUCGGAGAACAAGUAACUGAUGACUGCCUAGUUACAUCUUUUUUCAACUACCUGUCGGAAACUGAAAAAGAACUUAUUCGUCAGGCAGAAAGGAUGGAUGUUCUCGACGACGGCACUCAAGAAGAACUUAUCGAUCUAUUCAGUCGGUUCGGCGUAAAGCAACUGCCCACAGCUGAAAAUCUUCGCGACAUUGUACGACGAGUUGCUCAUUCUGAACUGAUGGCAAAGCCAGCCUUUGCCAUGGAAGCAAUAAAGAACGGCGCGGCCUCUUGCCUACCAUCAACUAGAUGGUACGAGGAAAAAUUGGCAGAACUUACACCAUCUGCAAGAAAGGUGGCCACUCUAAUAGCAGAGCCAGACGCCAUGUCUGCUAGUCAGCAGGCUGUCUAUAACUUCCUGCUCAGAUACAUCCGAAGUCUGAAUGCAGAGAUGCUAGGACGCUUUUUGCGCUUUUCAACUGGGAGCAGUGUUGUGACGGUCGAUAUCAUAAAGGUCGAUUUCAAUGCAUUGACCGGACUCUCUCGCCGCAUCACAUCACACACAUGCAAUCCAUGCUUGCACUUACCCACUACAUACUCAAGUUACACCGAUUUUCGCGCAGAGUUUAACAGCAUACUGACUGAAAAUCAGUGGACAAUGAACUUUGUAUAGAGAACAUUUGCGAGUAUAGAGAACAUUUGCGCGUAACUGCUGACGUUGUCAGAUCUUAAACGUUCAUUACGUAUGUAGUGUAGUUGGCUAUUUCAAACGUUGUUGUGUCGAUUGGCACUUGAUUGUAUUUCAUGACGACUUAAUAAAUGA